AUGGCUAGCAACGAUAAGAAACAAUCUGGUGUUGCACGUUUGCUAGGUUCUGCUUCUGCAGGUAUUUUGGAAAUUGGUGUCUUCCACCCUGUGGAUACUAUUUCCAAGAGAUUAAUGUCUAAUCACACAAAGGUUAGCUCUACAACUGAAUUGAAUCGAGUUAUAUUCCGUGAACAUUAUUCUGAGGCAUUUGGCAAGAGAUUUUUCACUUUAUUCCCAGGUCUUGGUUAUGCUGCAGUUUACAAAAUUUUGCAAAGAGUUUAUAAAUAUGGUGGUCAACCUUUUGCCAACGAAUAUUUAAAUAAACAUUUUAAAUCUGAUUUCGACAAUGCCUUUGGUGAAAAAACUGGUAAGGCUUUAAGAUCUGCUGCUGCCGGUUCAAUCAUUGGUAUUGGUGAAAUUGUAUUAUUACCAUUAGAUGUUUUGAAAAUUAAGAGACAAACUAAUCCAGAAUCCUUUAAAGGUAGAGGUUUUGUUAAGAUAUUAAAGGAUGAAGGUUUAUUCAAUUUGUACAGGGGUUGGGGUUGGACCGCAGCUAGAAAUGCCCCGGGUUCUUUUGCAUUAUUCGGUGGUAAUGCUUUUGCAAAAGAAUAUAUCUUAGGUUUGAAAGAUUAUUCAAAGGCAACUUGGGGCCAAAAUUUUGUCUCUUCGAUUGUUGGUGCUUCUGCCUCUUUGAUUGUCUCUGCUCCUCUUGAUGUUAUUAAAACUAGAAUUCAAAAUAGAAACUUCGACAAUCCAGAAAGUGGAUUAACAAUCAUUAAAAACACAUUAAAGAAUGAAGGUUUCACAGCUUUCUUUAAAGGUUUAACACCAAAAUUAUUGACCACUGGUCCAAAGUUAGUCUUCUCAUUUGCCUUGGCUCAAUCAUUAAUUCCAAUGUUUGAUAACAUGUUAUCAAAAUAA